AAAACGAAAGUAAAACAAAAUACAGUGUAUUGACGAAACAAGAGACGUUGUAUGCUACACACUGUCCCACUUGAUAUUCUUCCUGUGCAGGACAAAGGAAAGGGUCAUCAUGGGUCUAUGGGGUUCAACUCCACAAGAUCAAACUUUUGACAAUCCAUGGAGGACAGUGAACUGGAGUGAUGGAGAACCAAUGUUACGGACACUGAGGGAGUUUCAGUCAAACCACGGUGUUGAUCAUCUCAGGAUUUUGGUUGUUGGACCAGCAGGUGCUGGGAAGUCCGCCUUUAUCACUUCAGUUAAUACUGCUCUCCAAGGCCGCAGUACUUACCUCGCUCAUUCACUCACUGGAGGUUCGAGUGUCACCAGCAAGUACACCGUCUACAAGCUGAACAAAAGAACAGAGGGAUCUUUCUUUCCUUUUGUGUUUGGAGACACGAUGGGUCUCGAGACAGGUUCAAAUGGUGCACACACAAACAACAUCAUCAACAUUCUGCAUGGUCAUGUGCCAGAGGGAUACACAUUUGAUCCUUUGAGGGAGCUGACUGCUGGAAGCAAUGACUUUAACCAAACCCCGAAUAUAAAUGACAAAGUCCACUGUCUGGUGUUUGUCCUACCAGCAGACAGAAUCACCCAAAUACCUGAUGAAAUCAAUAGUAAAUUGAAAGAAAUUCUGAAAAAAGCACGCGAAUUAGGGAUUCCUGUAGUUGUCAUCGUGUCCAAGGUGGAUGAGGCAUGUCCACUUGUAAAACAGAACCUGAAAAUGAUCUACAGGAGCAAGAAAAUCAAUGAGGAAAUGAAGGAAUGCAACGUCAAUCUGGGUGUUCCACUGAACUACAUCUUCCCUGUAAAGAACUACCACGAGGAAAUCAACAACAACGCUGAGAUUGAUAUUCUGAUUCUCAUGGCACUGACAAAUAUUGUGAACUUUGCCAAUGACUUUGUGGAAAGAAUACUGUAAAAAAAAAAAAAAAAAGAAAAGAAAAGAAAAAAAAAGAAUGGGAAAAUCUAUCUGAUUAUGUCUAUUCAAGAGGGUAACGGUUCAAAUGACAGCACAAGUAGUUUAAAGGUAUGUGCACUAGAGGUGUGUGACUGUUUUAAAAAAAAAUUCUAUUCCCACCUGCUUCCACAAUUAUUAUUUUUGUGGAAUAUUAAUAGAAUGAAUGAAAGCAAAUCGCUUGGCGCAAGCACCCAGUACACUCUCAUAUUAAUGAGCUUGGCCUUCUUUUGUCCUACAAGCAAAAAAAAAAAAAAAGCAACGACAACAACAAAAAUCAUUAUUUUACUCCUGACGCACACUUCUAAUGUACAAACAAGAUCAUUCUGGUCAAUCACACGAAAGUUCAUCUCUUUUUUCUGCUCUGCUUUAUUAUGCCGUAUGACAGUGUUUAGGUGGGUGGUGGAAAUGCUACAUAAACACAAACGUAGAAGUCGUGAGAAAGUAAUCUGCAUGUUAAUUAAUAAUCACCACAUUAAUCAACUACAUUUAAUCCAAUUACUCUAUGAUAGUUUCAUGUUUUAAUCAAUAGUGCAUGAUGAUCAUUUAUGUUAGAAAUCCAAGCUUGAUAUCUGCUCAAACUGAUAUAUUUACCAAGGCUAACUCUGUUUCCAAAAGAUGACUGAGUCCAGGAGCUGUUAUUAGCGUACAUUUUAAACAAAUACAAAACUCCAUAGUCCAUAUGUGACUCCUCAGAGGAAAUCAGAUAGUAGCUAGGAACACGUAUUUAUAAAUGUAACAUUUAUAUCUGGAAUUAAUAUAUUUCUGUAAAGCUGCUUUGUGAAAAUGUCCAUUGUUAUAAUUGCUAUUCAAGUCUAAUUAAAUUGGCUUGCAAUGAUCCAUAAGUAACAGCAUAUGUAAGGAGAGCAAGUUGGGCACACAGAACUCUCUCUCUCUCUCUCUCUCUCUCUCUCAUAUGGAUGAAAGAAGAAGCUGUUGUUGAGAGUCUGUUGACUGACAGACGUAUUAUUCCUGAAUUCAAAUGCUGAAAAAACUGCUUUUGCUGAAAGAACUUUAAGAAUAAAUCUGUAAAUGCCA